GCCUCCCUAGAACGCGCGCGGCACCAUGUCGGCAUCAACUAGCGGCGGCGGGCCGCUCUCGCCCCAGGCGGCCGCGGCGCUACAGGAGGGUAUCGGGCUGGUGUUCGGGCGCUGGACGGCGCUGCAGAUGGCGGUCGAGAACCAGUGGGGCGGCCGCGACUCCCGCGCCAAGGCCGACCAGCUCGCCGCGUCCAUCCUCUCCUGGUUCGUGAACUCCAAGGGUCCAUUUUAUUACGAUGACUUGGAGGAUAUGAUGUUUGACAGCAUGUCUGAUUCCUUCAAUACUGAAGUUGAGGAUGGUAGCGUUGGGGAGGUUGCUAAGAAAUUAUUGGAAAUGCAUGAAGAAUGCCUACAAAACAACUUUUCAUCAAUUGAGAAGCUAAGGAAUACACGUCCUCAAGGAAAUGCUGUCUCCCAAAGUAGACAGAUUGCAACCGAGGAUGAUGAUAGCUCGGAUGAUGAUGAUGACCCAUCAAUGGUGGAAAAUGAAGCUGCUAGGUCAGAGGACAUGGCGGUGGAUGAGCCAAAACCUUCCAAGCCUACCCCUGAUGCUGAUGGGUGGACAACUGUGCCACCUAGGCAUGGCCGAGGCAAGAAGUAAGCAGACGCAAACCUUGGCAGGACACAUAGAGGCUGUUUUGUUCUUUUCAAGUGUGAUUAGCAAAAGCUUGGGUCAAUUCCUACCUGUGCCGUUCUGGUCUAUAGGUUUUUAAGUAUUACGCUCUAUGUGUGCUGUCUGGAUUUUUAUUAGAGAUGUUGUGUGUUGCAAGCUGUCUUGACCACUCUCAUGGUGUUGGACAUGGCAACAAAAGAUUCUAGCUGUAA